AUGGCGCCUCCAAGCGGCCCAUCGUCAAGCACACCUCCAGCUCCACCUCCACUUCCACCUAGACCAGCUGAAAUGAAUCCUGGUCCAGGAAUGAUGCCUACUUACGGAAUGUAUGGAAACACAAUGGGAUAUAAUGGUGCCGGAUAUGGAAUGAACAGCUAUGGAGUUGGAAUGUAUGGUGGAAUGUACGGUAACGGAAUGAUGGGCGGAUAUGGAGGCCAAUAUGGACAUGGGAAUGCGGAAAGCAAUUUUGCCAGAUUGGCUGAAGAAUCGUCUAGAGGAGCGUUUCAAUCAAUUGAAGCUAUUGUGAAUGCUGUGACAUCUGUGGCCAAUAUGCUUAGUUCUACACAUAAUGCUGUAUAUAGUUCAUUUCGUGCUGUGAUUGGAGUCGUGGAACAGUUGUCCAGACUCAAAGUACAGCUCACCCAUGUUAUCCUGUCGCUGUCGCUGUUCAGAUUUAUACAAAGAAUGUGGCGAUAUUUCCUAGUACUCCUUCGAUUAAAGCCAGCUAAUUACGCAAGCAUAGAGGAGCUGGCCUGGGGAGAAAUUAAGCAGCCAUACGGUGAAUUUUUUUCGCGAACUCUCUAUGGGUGCAGCUCUUUAGUAAGGAAAAGAAGAGGUCUUCAUUCAGGUUCGGAAGUUCUUGGUGGACCAGGCCCUCCAGCAGUGAGUUGGCCUGCCAUCAUGUUUUGGGUGGUUGCUUUGGGAGGUCCAUGGCUCAUCUAUAAAGCCAUUUCACAAAUGGUUCGUACAGUUGAGGAACGUCGAAAAUGGGCUACCGGGACUGGUGCCCACUACACUGCUCAGGCUCUGUAUGACUUCCAAGCCUCGAAUGAUCAGGAACUUUCGUUCAUGAACGGUGAACUGCUCCGAGUUGCUCCAAAAGAGGAGCAACCACGAGUUCGAGGAUGGCUUCUGGCAAGGUGUGUUUUUUUUCGGUAA